UCCAUGGAAUGGACCCCUCCUCCACACUCACACCUGACCCCGUGCUGCGUGAGGAGAAGUCCUGCCUCCAGGGGCACUGAGGGCAGGUCAAGACCAGUGUCUUCUGAGGACUUGAGAGAGAGCUCUUUAUCUCAAAAGUCAGCUGUGUUCCAGGUGUCCUCUGCAGGUGGGUCCCAGAAGAACAAGGAGGUUCUCAGCUCCCCGACACCAUCCGUCUCCCUUAGCCAGACAUCCGACUUCCAACACGAGUCUCAGCUGUUCACUGAGCCACACCUGGCCCAGAUGGAGAAAACGUUUCAAGAUGAGGUCGACUCGACUGGAGCCCUGGACAUGAAGACUUUCGUUAAGGCUGUGAAGAAGAUUCUGAGCAAUGCGUCCAUCGAGAUGAUAGAGGCGCUGUUUUUGAAGGUGGACAUGAACUGUAACGGCCUCACCUCCGCUGCUUCAGGUGGCUGGAGGGAGUACCUGGACUACGUGAUGCGUGAGUUCAAGGGGAAGGAGAAGAUGAUGAGCCAGUGCUGCCUGCGCUUCCACCUUCCCAUGAGGAUCAUACCCCUGAAUCAUGGGUGUGAGAUUGUGAAAGUGGAGUUCUUAGUCCAGCGGCGCAAGAAGAUCGGGCAUUUCCUGACUGUCACCAAGGACGGGAUCCUGCAGUUCUGGUCGGAGUCCUUCUCGCUGACCAGCUCCUUUAGGCUUUAGCAGAUCCAUCCGCUCCACAACCAGCAGAUGCGGGUCAUCGACAUGGUGUGUCUGCACAACAUGAACCUGGUUGCGAUAGUGUCGACCGACCAGAAGAUAGAGUUCUUUGAUAUCAGUAACCGUAAAUGUGUCUGGGCCUUCACCUUCAUCGAUCUGGACAGUUGCGUCCUGACCUUGAACUACUGGUCUGACUAUCACAGGGCUGUGUUCUGCUAUGGGGACACCAAAGGCAAUGUCAUCGUCUUCACCUCCAACGAUGUGACCCAUGGGCUGUUCAACCCCUGAAUCCUCCCCAGGACCUCCAGAUGGGAUCACUGGACCGAUGUUUCCACACGGAAGCUCUUAAAUGAGAAGUCCCCUAUGUAUAGAAGUUACCGGCUGAGGGCUCUCCACCCCAACUGGUGUCAACAGGUCAAGUUCAUCCCCCAGCUGAACCUGGUGGCUUCCUGUUCAGCCAUCGACAAGUCCUCUCUGGUGCUGACCAUAUUGUCGCCCGAAGUCCCAGAGAGCCUCAAGUUUUCAGUGCUGAAUUUAAGAAAAGGGAUUCUUUGCUUUGAUUACUGCCCAGAAAAGAAUGUCCUGGUAACUGGUGGCCAUGACCCCCUCAUCUGCCUGUGGAACCCCUUCUUCUCGAAAAAGCCUGUGUGGCUGAUGAAGGGGCAUGAGACCUCGGUGACACACAGUCUCGCGAACAGCAAGCACAGCAGCAUCUUCCUCAGCAUCUCCAAGGACAAGAAUAUUCGCGUGUGGGACAUGCAGGACUACGAAUGCCUCCAGUCCUUCUGCGGGAAGCAUUUUGCCGUGGGACACUGCCCCAUCACCAGCGCAUACUUCCACAAGGAUGACGACAGCCUCACCUGUAGCACCUACUCAAUUGGCAUCCUAAAAGGGUACCUGGAGACGGAGGGGCCUGGGAGAGCAGAGGAGAAGACCACGACUUACAGCACGCCCCUGUGCGCCAUCCUCUACAGCAAGGUUUUCAAGCAGGUGGUGAGCGGCUGCCUGAGCGGCGUGGUGAGCGUGUGGGAGGUCGUGACGGGCAAAAGGAUGACGGAGUUCUCCGUGACUGGCGACCAGCACGUGGAGCUGACCGCCACGCCCCUGGAUGAGUCAGAGGCGUGCCUGCUCACGGGUCUGCGUGAUGGCGCCAUGAAGAUGUGGAACUACAGCGUGGGUGAAUGCCUGCUGACCUUCCCCAGCCCGGACCAGAUGGAGAUUAGUGGGAUCGUCCGUAUGAAUAAAGUGUUCUACGUGACCAGAUGGAGUAAGAGAAUCACUUAUUUCACGUUCCACAAGACCAAGCCGGUGCUCUUGUGCUACCACUGGCAGACCUUCCACACGGAGGAUGUCCUGAGCAUGGCCAGGUACCAGAACCAGUUCCUUGGAACCUCCUCCUACAAUGGGGACAUCCUCUUCUGGAACAUCAGCAUGUUCGGGCCCAUCCUCCAUUUCAACGCCUCUCAGAGCCCCUUGUCCUCGCUGCCCAAGAGGAUUAAAAAAUACCUCAGAAAUACUUGGAGGGCUUCCCUGGUGGCGCAGUGGUUGAGAGUCCACCUGCCGAUGCAGGGGACACGGGUUCGUGCCCCGGUCCGGGAAGAUCCCACAUGCCGCGGAGCAGCUGGGCCCGUGAGCCAUGGCCGCUGAGCCUGCGCGUCCGGAGCCUGUGCUCCACAAUGGGAGAGGCCACAACAGUGAGAGGCCCGCGUACCGCAAAAAAAUAAACAAACAAAAAAAACAUUCUUGUUAAUAACGAGGCCGGUUCUCAUAAAAACUUUGGAAAUAAUGCCAAGUUGGAUAUGAAUGGCUCCCAGGUCCACUGGUUGCUGGGAGGGGGCAGGGAGUGGCAGGAGGAUGAGGUGACCCCUUGAAGCCACCCUGACCAUGGAGACCAUUAGAGGCAGGCCCUGGGACUGGGUGCUGGAGGGUUCCCAGGGGCUGGUGAGGAGCCUGCCUGAUGGCCAGAGGGAUGGGUUCUGCUGCAGGACAAGGGCCUGUCCGGGGUGCUUUCCCAGGAGAUAGUGUAUUUCUGAUUUAUCUGCCCUCCUAAUGUCCAGCUGAACCCUUGCCAGCCUCUCCACCUGCCUCCCCUUGCCUGUAUGGAGUCCCUCCCUUGCAGGUUCCAUCCCUGUGCCCUUUGCAGCUUGAGCAGCCGGCCCGCUUCUAGCACAGCGUCACCCCGUCCCCGAGUACUGGACCUCCUAUCACCCGCCUGGGGCCAGAGGUUAACAGUGAUCAUUUACCUUGGUAAUCAUUUACCCAUCAUUUACCCAUCAUGGCACCUACUGUGUGCCAUGCUCUGUGCUGAGAGCUCCAUGGGUGGAACCGUGAUAGAUACUCACAGUAGAUACUGGCUUUAGCACUUCCAUAAGCUCUUAAGUAAAUACUACAACAGGUGAGACUCAGCUAUGACAAAGAUUAUGCACAUAAGGAAUAAGUGACUGAUUGAGGGAACAGGAACAAAAAAAUAUUUACAUCUGCAUUUCUAAUCGUAUACAGUGAUGACAUGGAACACGCUAUCAGAAUUUAUAGAAUUUUCUUACAAUGUUUCUAAAGUUUCCCAGAGUUUUUCCUUUACAGGAUUUCAGAUAUUUUAUAAUUUUUUUUCAAGUUUUAAAAUUGUGGUAAAAUACAUGUAACAUAAAGCUUAUCAUCUUAACCUUUUUAAAGUGCACAGUUCAUGGUAUUAAAUACAUUCAUAAUAUUGUGUAACCAUCACCACCAUCCAUCUUCACAGUUCUUUCCAUUUUGUAAAACUGAAAUUCUGUACCCAGUAAACACUAACUCCCCAUUCUCCCCUCCCCCAGCCACUGGCAACCUGUCUACUUUCUGUCUCUAUGAAGUUGACUAAGUAUCUUAUAGAAGUGGAAUCAUACUGUAUUUGUCUUUUUGUGACUGGCUUAUUUUAUUUAGCAUAAUGUCCUCAAGGUUCAUCCAAGUCAUGGCAUAUUGUGGAAUUUCCUUCCUUUUUAAGACUGAAUAAUAUUCCAUUAUAUGUAUAGGCCACAUUUUGUUUAUCCAUUCAUCUGUUGAUGAACACUUGGGUUGCUUCCAGCUGUUGUGAAUAAUGCUACUAUGAACAUGGGUGUACAAGUAUCUCUUUGAGACCCUGCUUUCAGUUCUUUUGGGUAAAUAUCCAGAAGCAGGAUUGCUGGGUCAUAUGGUGAUUCUAUUUUUAAUUUUUUUGUGAACUGCCUUACUGUUUUCCACAGUGGCUGUACACACCUUCCCACUAAUAGUGCACAAGGGUUCCAGUUUCUCUGCAUCCUCAUCCACACUUACUGUUUCUGGUUUUUGUUUUUUUGGUUUUUUUUUUUGAUGAUAGCCAUCCUAAUGGGUGUGAAGUGGUAUCUUAUUGUAGUUUUCAUUUGCAUUUCCGUAAUGAUCAGUGAUGCUGAAACACUCUUGUGAUGGUCAAGUGUGGGAUUUCUCAUCUCCCACAUCAUCUGAUACAACAGCCAUAAUUCUGUCCCCAUUGUACAGAUGGAGAGACUGAGAGGGCUGGGUCUUGCCCAAGGUCACACUCAGGUCAGGGGCAGAGCUUGACUUGAAGCCAGGAAGCUGGGUCAUGUAUGGGCAUCAGACUGCCUGGGGUUGAAUCCUAGUGCUGCCAUUUGCUGGCUGUGACUUCUGGCAAGUCAUUUUUUUUUUGCUUGGAGACUUCAUUGUCCCCAUCUGUGAAAUGGGGACUCAUGGAGCUGCUGUGAGGGUGCCUGGGUACCCAGCACAUGAUUGAUAAUUGCUAACUGAGCUUCAGACAUCAAACCCUAGCCCACCCUCACUUUUCGGGGCCAGAGGACACUCAGACUUGGGCCGGGGGCGUGAAGAAUAAACUUUAAUCUCUCUCGGA